AGGCAGUCAGUCUGGUCCGCAGCCACGAUGGAUGCAAUACCAUGUCUUCUCUUAUUGCUCGUCCUCCUGUUCGGGACAAGGAUACAAGAAAAUACCGCUCUCCAGUGCUACUGUGAGCGCUGCAGCGCUAACUCCAGUUGCACGACAGACGGCGUUUGUUUUGUCGCCAUCCGCAAGUCUGGCAGCCGGCAGACCACCGAGCGCAGCAUGUGUGUACACGAAAAUGAACUGAUCCCGCGAGACCGUCCUUUCAUCUGCGCCCCGUCUGUCAAACAUGAGACGGGCAUUUACCCCAUGUGCUGCAACACCGACUACUGCAACAAGAACCCUGACCCCAGUGUCUUCCCUGUGCCCACAGAGAAGACUCCCCCUCUGGGCCCUGUGGCCCUGGCAGCAGUGAUUGCCGGCCCAGUGUGUGUACUGUGUUUACUGCUGGUCUUGGCGUUCUACGUCUGCCACAGCCACCGCGGUCUGGGUCUUGGAGCUGGAGGUGCUGGGGCACACCACCACCACCACCACCACAGGGUGCCCAAUGAAGAGGACCCCUCCAUGGACCACCCCUUCAUCACUGUAGGCACCACACUUAAGGACCUCAUCUACGACAUGACCACCUCUGGCUCCGGCUCAGGUCUGCCGCUGCUGGUCCAGAGGACCAUCGCCAGGACCAUCAUCCUCCAAGAGAGCAUUGGGAAAGGGCGUUUCGGGGAGGUGUGGCGGGGGAAAUGGCGUGGGGAGGAGGUGGCAGUAAAAAUCUUCUCCUCACGCGAGGAGCGUUCCUGGUUCCGCGAGGCUGAGAUCUACCAGACAGUCAUGCUGCGACACGAGAACAUCCUGGGCUUCAUCGCUGCCGACAACAAAGAUAACGGGACGUGGACUCAGCUGUGGUUGGUGUCAGACUAUCAUGAGCACGGCUCUCUGUUUGACUACCUGAACCGCUACACUGUCACUGUGGAGGGCAUGAUAAAAACUGUCCCUGUCCACUGCCAGCGGCCUGGCCCCCUUCACAUGGAGAUUGUGGGCACGCAAGGUAAGCCAGCCAUUGCCCACAGAGACCUGAAGUCUAAGAACAUUCUGGUAAAGAAGAACGGGACCUGCUGCAUUGCUGACCUGGGGCUGGCUGUCCGCCAUGACUCAGCCACCGAUACCAUCGACAUCGCCCCCAACCACAGAGUGGGAACCAAAAGGUACAUGGCUCCAGAGGUUUUGGAUGAUUCCAUAAACAUGAAACACUUUGAGUCUUUCAAGAGAGCUGACAUCUACGCCAUGGGCCUGGUCUUCUGGGAAAUCGCAAGCCGCUGCUCUAUGGGAGGCAUUCAUGAGGACUACCAGCUGCCGUACUAUGACCUGGUGCAGUCCGAUCCAGUGGAGGAGAUGAGGAAGGUGGUUUGUGAGCAGAAGCUUCGGCCCAACAUUCCAAAUCGCUGGCAGAGCUGCGAGGCUUUGCGGGUGAUGGCAAAGAUCAUGAGGGAGUGCUGGUAUGCCAACGGUGCUGCCCGGCUCACCGCUCUGCGAAUCAAGAAAACCUUAUCUCAGCUCAGCCAGCAGGAGGGCAUCAAGAUGUAGACACCGCCACCAAACACACACACACACACACACACACACACACACACACACACACACACCACACACCACACAACACACAACACACACACACACAACACACACACACAUCCGACUGGCAUCCAUAUUGUUACCAUAAUACUCUCAUUAUAGACAAUUUUAUUAUCCUCAUUUUUGCUCAUCGAUUGUUCCUCCCUGUUGGUUUUGAGGAGAGAACUUUUUUUCCUUCGCUCUUUUUUUCUCUCCCCCCCUUUCAUUUGUUGACAAGCAGAUGAUUGUUGCAUUUAAGACUGAGGAAUCACACAUGUGUGUUGCAAUGGGUUGAUACACACACACACAUCAGGGAAUGGAUGGCUGUAUCGAUGGAUCUGAAGAGAGAAGGCAAAAACAGAGGAAUCGAAAGAAGGGUGGAAAUGCAGUCCCUCCACCUGCUCCCUCUACUUCCCUCCACCCGUCACAUGAAGUCUCUGAAGGGCCCAUCACGGUAGCCGGUGUCCGUCUUAAGUCCUGCCCCCGUAUCCACCGCAGGCUCAGCCAAUACACACUCAGACUUGAGAGGGAAAUGCAAAGCAGCGAGCCGGACAGCCAGAAACCCCCCGGGAGGUUCCUCGGCCGGGCUCCGCUCUCAUUCUGGUGACAUUUUCAUCACCGUUACCUCAUUCGUCAGUUAGCAUUUCAUUCUUCAGUUCAGGGGACAGUUACUCUUCAGUGGGGCUGCAACUUAUCAGGAAGUAUUUUCAAUUUCAAAUAAUCUUUCCAGUAACCUUACAUUGAACGUUUGAAUAAUCUAUCCAUCUAUAAUCAAGAAGUCGCCUUCGGUGAAGUGUGACAUUGACAGCUGCAUUGCUGACUCAUGUUUGUUGUGACGGGUGUUUUCACCACAGAACCUGAAUGGAGAAACAGCCAUUGCUCUGUUUGCUAUGGUCAUUUGGCUGAUGCAGAAUAAAAUGGUGCCUCUAGGUCUUGGUAACAAGUCAGUAAGACCAUAAAGAGCGUCACACUUGCUUGAGUUUGGUGCAGAUGUAGAAGAAUUAUUAACACUUGGGGCUGUGUUGACUAGCAAACCUAGCCGGUCAGCAUCAAAUCUACCUUUUCCCCUAAUAAAACUUAAAUGUUACAAAGUGUCAUAGUUUAGCAGAAGUUUUGUGGAGAGGAAAAGCAUUUAUGAACUUGAGCUGGCUGAUGGAAGGGGGCUGAGAUGCUCGACGUCUCUCCACUGCUUUGGUCCUCACUACAAAACCUCUCACCUCAGCAAGUUGCCUGCUUUAUCCAGAAGCUAGCUAACUAACUAGCGAGCUGUUGUUACACAUAAAGAGGCUGCUGCUCCAGCCAUCCUGGCAUGUUGUUUUGAAUAGGGAAAUCCAUUCCACUCAAGUCAAGUUCUGUGAUUUCCACACUUUAAAAUAAUAUUGUUAAAUCACUCGACUCUAGUGCCAAGACAUCUCGCGUUGAUAGAGUGCGCACCACACAUUUUGUUUAGUUUUGUACAAUAGUUCCAAAAUUUAGAAGACGUUUUCUGUGUUUUGCAGUAAUUCGUUUCUUCUGCCAUUUUUCUAGACCAAGUAAGACUGACUACUGUUCUCACUGUAGUCCAUGGAGGCGGAUCUUCUUACUCUCAAAGUUAAUGGCCAAUAAGCUAUGGAGGAAAUCAGUGGCAAAUCAGAAUGUAAAGAUUAUUUGAAAAUGGAUGGGUUCUAAAUUGGGGUUGGGGGGAAGAAAUUGAAUUUGUCAGAUACUAAUUGCAGCCCUACUCUUUGAUCAGAUUACAAUUUAGUCGUUUAGCCAAUACUGUUACUCAGAGUGACUUAGGAUGAGUGAGCAGGUAGGUCUUCAGUCUCUUUUGGUAAGGACACCUCAACAGGACACAAGACUGUGGAUGAACACAACAUUUGCUGUUGCAUUGUGGGAUUGAACCUGGGACAGUGUGUGCAAGCCUCCCUGCUGGCCUGCACAAACGUCUGGCUCCACCUGUUCCUCAUCUGGUUGUGUUGUGAUCAGCGUCACACCUCUCUGCAACAACUUUGCACCUCUUUUUUCAUUUUGUAACUUGUUUAUCUCCCUUUCUUAUUGCCAGGGAGUCUGACAGGUCAGUUUAAUUUAUUCAGUUUCUCUUUGUUGUUUUUUUUUUUUCUUUCUGGUGGCAGGGGAUGUGUAUCUUUUUGCAAAACAAAACUGGACACGACCUCAUUCAUUUUUGGCAAACAUGCUGCAACAUAUGCAAUAUACAGUAGAAAAAUGUGUCUAUUUUCUAUACUCUGCUUUGCUAACCACGACAAGAACUACAACAACAACAACCAACACCAACAACAAUCAGCUGCCACCAUGCCUUCCAAGCCAGCGGUUACCGGAAAGUGCCACUGCUUUAAAAACCCAAGUCCUCUCAUGUCGACUGGUGUGGACUGUGUGUGUUUGGUUUGGUGUGGAAGUGUGUGUGUGUGUGUGUGUGUGUUUGAGUGUGUGAGUGUGAGUGAGUGGGUGGAAGUGUGUGUGUCAGAAGUCCUCUGGGAGCCCUGCCGAGCGCACAGCAGCUCAUACUAUGCACACUGAAGGAAGCAAGUAGGGAUUGGAAAGCAAGACGGGACACACUGCACAUCACAGCACCCACAUCCCAGCCGACUCUCUGGUGCCAUGUCACCCAACCCCCCCACCCCCCGCAACCACCUCAGCAACAGCUCAUCAAUACAGCUCUUUACCCCAGUGACUGAGUCUGGACGUCGAGCUCCAGAACCUGAACUGACUCUAGUUGUAAAAAAAAAAACAAAAAAAACAAAAAAACAAAAAAAAAGUUGCCACAAACGCUGCGGCGACUUUUUGAAGAGAGACACACACACACACAAAAAAAGACUUGUAGGCAUUACUGUGUUGCCCUAUAAACCGUUGGAUUUCUGUUUUUUUUUUCCAUAUGUGUGUGCUGUAAACGGUGCGGCGCCACAUGUCGUCUUUUCAAGCGUUUUCUCUUCUGUAAAAGGAUAAUCAACGACAAAAAAAAAAGAAAAGGUGAGGUACAUUCAUUUAAAUAUAGCAAAAUGGAUAUUUACUAAGCCAUAGGUUUUCCAGUGGUUUUUUGGGUCUUUUUCUACUAGAAUGUACAAUUCAAACAAAAGAUGAAAAGAAAAAAAAACACCCAGAAUAUCUGUAACAUGGACAACUUUUUGUCAUUUCAGCUUAGCAAGCCUUAAGGGACCAAUGCAUAAGAGUUGGAAUUUGCUCUUAUUUGGUUUUUUGUUUGUUUUUUGUUUUGUAAAAAAAAAAAUAUUAUAACUGAUUACUAUGAUAAAGGUAGUGUCAUUAUUCUAUCUUAAAGGACAAAAAAGUAUAUGUAGCACCUGAUUUAACCGUUUCUUUUUUGUUCAAGUGUCUGUCAUGUUGCCAAUAUUGCCAUACACCUAAACCCAAUGAUCUGACUGACUUGCUUGUGUAUUGGGAAUUCAAAAGCACUGGUCUUCUAGUGCACAGGUCAAAAAUAAAGGAAUUGUAAUUGUAAAACGUUAAUAAUUCAGACAUAAAGUUACAUUUGCCAGACAGUGAUUUGCUUCAGUGAAUCCCACAGAAUAUCUCUCGAUUGUUCAGCAAUAAGUGCACUUCUUAACCACUGCAAGGUUUACCUGUGUGGCAAUAUGGAUGUCAGUGAGUCAGUCUGUCUUGAUCUUUUUUCUUUAUGGAUGCAUAAUGUAUUGAUGUGCUGCUACUUAAUUGUCCGCCUCGCUUUCUGAGCUGGGGUGAGAGCCGCCGUUGGAUGUAAAUAUCCUCAAAUUGCCUAGAUUUGAUCAUUCUGUGCCAUGUUGCUCUGUCGCUACUCAAGCUAAUCGUCGUUUGGCAGUUGGCCCUGUUAAAGAUCUGCAAAAGUACGCUGUCGCAGUCGUUAUCGAUCAUGGUGCAUGGUUUUCAUUCUGUUCCAAACGCUACAGCAGCUUUUUCUACUGAUUUCCUCCUCGGAGUUCACCAGUUUGUUCCUCCUGUCUUGUUCAAGGUGAAGUCAGUGUGGCUGAAAGGAAAACCAGGUGCAUGGUUGAAGACCACUGUGCAAACAGAUCACUGGGCAUUGGAGUAGCUCGUUCACUUUGACACACAGUAAAAAACCGAAACGCAAAACGCUUUGAGAGAUCUUCUCCUCCAUCAAAGGCCCUCGGCUAAAUAUAAUGUGUGUGGGAAAGGACAUCCAGAUGUUUUGGAGGUAGUGAUUUGGUUAAUAACGAAAGCUUGUCCCUCUGCAGACCCCUGGUAGAAACCCUUGCAGCAACUGUUAAUGUAGGAAUAAAUAAGCAGAUAAUGUAUCUCUAAAUGGGUCAGUGUAAUAAAACUUCCACUUUAUUUUGGCUCCAUAUUCGGCAAAUAUCCUUUAAAUUAGUGGCUCUCAAACUGAGAGCCUGCCUGAUCCAAUUAAGGGUUUAAUUCUGACUGGCUGAUUGGUGUGACCCUGUUGUUUCAAGUGUGCGAGAAUAUAGCUGGAACAAAAACUGUCAGGACAGGGUUCCUGAGGACAGGGCUGAGGACCGCAGCUUUAAAUCAUAAAAAUGUGCAAAACCUAUAAUAUGCAGAGUUAGAUAGUGCAUUUUCAGCUAGUAAAUCAUGUAUUUUAUGUAGUAUUUUGUAAUCCAUAAUACAAACCACACCAUCAUAACUUUAUGCUAAUUAGUAAUGACCUGUAGACUAGCCCAAAAAUAUAAAUCAUGUUAUCAGUUGAUUAGCAUUUGACAAUGCUUUAAAUCAACAAUGCAAAAGCACAUUGAUAAAAGAAAUGGCUCCAUAACCACAUUAAAAAGUUUAUAUAGGAAACAGCCACAUAUACGGACACAAAGCCAUAUCUUAUAUAAACCCACUGAUCAGAGGAUAAUGUUUUUAGCAAUCAUAGUCAUAGUCAUAAACAUAGUUUACAUUUGUCAAGUAUGACAAGUUCCAUCACACCUCAUCUGCUUAACCAUCACUCACAUGUUUGAGUCACUUAGACGACCAGCCUGACUUAUUUGAAAAUACAAAAAUAAAUUAACAUAAAAAAAAUCCAUAAUUCCAUAUUAUUUUAUGUUAUUGUUACUUGUUUCUCUUGUGAUUUAUUUUCAAGAUUUGCCUCAGGGUGUAUUUAUUUUACCUUCAAUAUGCAAAUUAUGAGAAUCAGUUGUCACAGGUUUGUGAUCCGCACAUCAGUGUCGCAGCAUCGAGUAGAUGAAAUGCAUCAACCAAUCACAAAUCUCAGACAAUGCGUAACGUUUUGAUUGGCAUGGGCCACAUUCUGAGGUAAAUCCUGAAUUGAUAGUAGAAAGAUAAGAUUAACAGCAUGGAAUGAAAUAAUUUACACAUAUACAGAUUUAUUUCCCAUUUUCCCCAGAGCUUUUUGUUUAUUUAGUCAUUUAUUUAUUUUUUUGCAAAUAAGUCACGUUUGGUUCCCAGUAUUAUUAGUGGCGUAAAAAUGAUCACAUUAUCACUCAAAGGAUAUUUUCACUUCUUCCAGGAGUUUAUUGCAUAAAAAGGUUGUAUUACAUUUUUGACUCAUUUAGAAGGAAAGUGUCUUACACUGACAAGUUAUGCCAUCAUCUGCCUGUCACUGCAUUAUCAGUUGCUACGAGCCUUGUUCCUUUGGUGUCGUUCAACAAACGCCAACAUGCAACCCCUUUCAAGUGUAAAGUUCAACUUCAAUGAUGCCAUAUGCACCCAUAUCAAUAGUUCCCCUGCUACAUCCUGUUCUCUAGAAUAAAGUGUGCUUAUAUAUGUAGAGAGGUCAACAGGAACCAACAUAUUAAGCCUUGUAAAUAUCUGCACCUAUCUCGUGCAUUAAACCGAAAACAAAAGAAGAAAGCUAUCCUGAUAUUUGAAGAAAGUAAGUGGAUAUUGCUGCUAUAUUAAAUAAAGAAGGGUGGGAGACUAUGCUGAAUUAAAUAUUUUGUGCAAAAGGCUCUCAAACCAGUCAGGCCAACUGGGGCUUACCAGUGAAAACCAGGGCCAAGGGUUCAUGUGUGAGCCAGAGGGGCACUCGGUGGUGGUGGUGGUGCGGGAAACAAAAUUGAAAAUGUCCCUUCAAGUAAGCCCCGGUUAGCCGCACUGGGCCCUCAAAUAGAAAGGGGGCUAAUGAGAUUGUACAGUUACAUGUAUUCCAUUAGCAAGGUCAUUCUCUGGGACAUAUUAGCAACACCAACAACAGCUCAAACUCAACAGCACCUCUGGUAUGCCUCUUCUUGGACAACAACCUUCAUUUUGUCUUAAAAUCACCAGCAGCCUUGUUCUUUUCCUUUUCCAAAUCCAAGGUGACUUAACUGUACAAAAAAAAAAAAAAUGUUGCACCUGGCUUCUUCUCUCUUGUGGUAUUUAUACAGCAGUCUCUCUAUCUCUGAUUCUGUCUUGCCUUUCUUUCUUGUCAUUUUUUGAUUCUCUUUGUCAUCACUCUCUCUCUCUCAGUGACAUACAGAUAUCUCCUAGCGACAAGGGUCACACUUCACCACAGCCAGUCCCUUUGCGCCGCUGCUCCUGCUGAGUUAACCAGCUCAGAUCUGUCCCUAGCUUCUUGUGAACUGUUCUUGAAGUUCAAGUCUUUAGAGGAAAAGCUGCACACUGGCACGGAUGAUUGUCUCUUAAAUGGGUUUUAGGGUCAUAUAUGGGUCAUCACUCUUUUCUUUGAAAAGGCAUCGGGGGUAAAACAUAAAUCCUGUUACAUUUUUGUGGGUUUUUUGGCUGCUUUAGAAUUGGAGAAUUUGUGGCCAGUUCUUUAGAGCACUGUCAGGGCCAUAAGACCACUUCAUAAUCACAGAUAAAAAAAGAUGAGUCCUUUAAGAAAACCCACAGUACCUCCUCUUUGAGAAUCAUAACUUGCCUUUACUCUCCUCCCGUGUUAGUUCAGAUUGAAGGGAGGAGUUCACUUGACAAUACUGAAAUGCAGCCACCAUCCAAUUCCAUGUCUCGGUAAAUCUAGUGGAAGUGUGUGUGUGUGUGUGUGUGUGUGUGUGUGUGCGUGCGUGCGCAUGGGAGCAGCUAAGUGAAUUUGGUCAAGCCCUUUUGUGACUCAAACCCAAUAAUGCAGAUAUGAUCUGUUCAUUAGGAGGUCUAUUCAUUGGAUAACUUAAUAUGCAGCCUUUUCAUACUGUACAUUUUAGCCAAGACAGGUACAAAAGCUGAGCUGUGUGUUUUUCUCCUUGGUGUGGAUUGAUGGAGGGCCGAAACAGGGACACGAUGUGAACUAUGCCAGCAGCUCUACUGCUUCAAACCACACACUGAAAAACGACAACAGCUGUGAAUGUAUCAGCCCUCUCAGAGUCUUCAACCAAUCCGGCAAAGCCGAGCCAGAGCACAAUCUGCAUAAUUUAGCCCAAAGGUCGCGGUAGAGGUCUGCGAACUUCAUGAGCAUGCAAAUGUCCACCACACGGGUCUAUUUCUGUCUCUCUUUCUCGUUAUGCAAAUUUAGGGCCUUCCGUGUCUGCCCACUCAGUUAGUCCCACUGGAUCACACAGGUUGAAUGAUCUACAGUAUCUAUGCUAGCACGAUCCAUACACUGUGAUGAGGACCACAUUCGGACCUCAAAUCCAAAACCACAAGGGACGAAGGACGGUGGCCCUCCAGGACCAGACAGAGCAGUGGCAUUUCAGACGGAGAGGUCACCCUGUGAUUACUGCACAGUAGGAAGGGUUGGAUCUCAAACGAUUUCUGUCAAGUCCGCACAUCGUGGCUGCCCUCCAUCGUCUCAGAGACAUAGGCAGAGAGGAUCCAAGAAUACUGUUACUUAUCAACCUUGGCUCUCCUUAAGUGUAUGCAUUGACAAAAAGCAAGGACAAGUGUUGAAGAUUGAAGUUCAGAAUGGUUUGGGUCACUAAAGGGUUCUAGUGUAGCCAAAGGACAAUUGACAAAAACGUUACUUUUCUCUGGUUGGCUGCUGCAGUGAGGCCUUUGUGGCAACAAGGGUAGAAGAAAGCUUUAUCACGUUUCAUUUGGUGCCUAAGUUUGACAAGACUUUCUUUUCUCUUCCUUUUCCUCUCUAUUCCACCUCGAAUGACAAGACUGCAUGUGAUUGUGUCUCUGCAUCGAUGUCGGCAUUACCUGCUUUAUAGAUAAGUCAUCCAAAAGCUGAAAAAUAUUUUAAUUAACAUUUUAAAAAGGUCAUUUAAUCAAAAAGAAAAUACCUCCUUUAAAGACCAAUGUGUUUUACCUCACUGUAUAUAUAUUCUCAAUUUGUUUACUCCAAGUUUGCAAUUUAUCAUUUAUUUUCUUUUUGUUUCUAUGAAAUGCUUAAAAAAUUUGAAGAGAAUAAAACUUUUUUCUCGUCAAUGGUACUUUUUUGUCAGAUGGCAUUGUAUUGUGUUUGUGUUGUGCCCAAGCAGUAUACUAUUCCUCUUUUUACCAUGCUCUGUAUAUGACCUGUUGGUUGUGUUCUGCGUGAGCUGUACAGUCAAAGCGCUUUACAAAUGUCCAAGCCCCAUUCUGAGCUCUGGUACAAAUGCCUUGUUCAAUACGUUCUUUUGUAAAAAAUCAGUCAAACUGGAGGCGGAGGAGGGUGGAAGCAAGGGAAAGAGACUCUGAAGCUAAAACCCCUCAACAAGCUGUCUCCAAACCUCCUCACCUCACAACCCUCUUGGAUUUCUAAACAUAUUAUAAUCUUGACUUUUUUAUAUAGCGUGUACAGACGAAUGAGAGAUCAACAUAGGAACUAGAGGACUGACACUUAUGUUAACUUCUAACAUAGCUGGAGUAGAAAAUGUGUGAAUAAAGAAACAAAGAGUUUCAUUACAAACGUC